AUGACGGAGCUGAGGAAGCUAAGAGAUCUCUUCAUCCUUCUGAAAUUCGUGGAUGCGCGACUACCAACGAACGAGACAGACAAGUCAAAGCUGCUGGGAGGUUUUUUGCUGUGUCUUUACGUCUCAUUCACUCUCGCCAUCGGGAUGUCGAAUAUCCCCAGCGUCACCAAUGUGCCACUGUUCCUGGCCUACAUGUUGUACGUGGUGUUAACAGCAGCAAUGUCGCUCCAGUAUGUAUUGUUGGUGCUAGAAUUGUGGGUGAGGUUCCAGACCCUCAACGCCGUCCUACUGCAAUCCCUGCAGUUCACUGUAGACCCAGAGCUGUGGACACUGCUUGGGGGAUCGACGACACCUGCAUCACUGGUUCUGUUGCAGCACAGCAGACAGCGCCACCUGCGAGAUGCCUACGUCACCCUCACGCACGCUGCUGACCACCUGCAGGAGCACUUCGGUCUUGCGAUGGCAGUCAACAUCGCGACCUCUGUCUGCAGUGUGACGUUGUGUCUCUAUGAACUGGUCAUGACUGUGAUGAAGCCUGGCUGGAUAUUCCAGUUCUCCCUCAGUAAUUCAUCGAGAGGGCCAGUCAUGUGGGUCCUCUUCCAUUCCACCAAACUGUUAUCUGUUGCAUUAUCUUCAGCAGCUGCUGCAGACGCUGCAGCAGCAACUGGUUUGAUCCUUUUGAGGACAUCAGCACUGUCUACAUGGCGUGACUCCCAAGACGAUUCCUUCCUUCGCUUUACAUUACAAGUGCCACCACUACGCUUCACUGCUGCAGGAUUCUUCACCGUGGAUCGUCCACUCUUGGUGUCUAUAGUCACUGUCAUUAUGACGUAUGUAAUCAUCUUAGCGCAACUUACUCCUAAAUAA